AGUUUUUAAAACAUAUUUUUUGUUUGUUUAUUUACUAAAAACACAUGUGAAAUUGUUUACACAGUUUUUUUUACGUUUUAUUUUGAAUUAAUUCUAUUGAUUUGUAAAUAGUUUUCUAAUUGGAAAACUAAGUAUUUCUACUCCGGAAGCUGGUGAGAUUAGAGUAUACAGUUCGAAGGGCAGCACGAUAUCAGUCAGUGUCGCUAACGCUAUAUACAUCCAUCAGACAUGUACUUUCAAGAUGUAAUCAUUGGUCAUUUCUAUAUAAAUUCAUGUAAAACCAUAAUGGUUUGAUAUUAAUCUAAAAUGGUUCAACGAGCUUCUAUAGGUCCAGUUCAAACAACUACACCAUACGAACAAUUACUACAUAAUUUAAAACAUGAUUCGAGGUGGACGCACGAGAUAUCACUCGGUAAACGAGUGGGUUUUUAUCGAUUUUCGGGUGAUAUUGGUAGUGGAAAUUUUUCGCAAGUCAAAAUGGCAAUUCAUCAACUCACUAAGGAUAAGGUAGCAAUAAAAAUAAUUGAUAAAAGUAAAUUGGAUAAUAAAACACGUAAAAUGCUUGCACGUGAAAUAGCAACAAUGGAAGCUGUACAUCAUCCAAAUAUUAUUCGAUUAUUUGAAGUUGUGGAAACCUACACAAAAAUACAUCUAGUCACUGAAUAUGCAAAAGGUGGAGAGUUAUUUAAUAAAAUAUCGUCGGAAGGAAAAAUUCAUGAAACUGAAGCGAAAAUUGUUUUUACACAAGUUGUUUUAGCUGUUAAUUACAUGCAUAGUAAAGGUUUCAUUCAUCGUGAUAUCAAAGCCGAAAAUGUAUUUUAUGCUGGUCCAAAUUAUGUUAAAUUAGGUGAUUUUGGUUUUAGCACAAAAUUAUUAAAAGGUCCCGAUGAACAUUUGAACACAUUUUGUGGAUCACCGCCAUACGCAGCGCCUGAGUUAUUUCGUGACCAACAUUACAUUGGACGUUCCGUAGAUACAUGGGCCUUAGGUGUAUUACUUUAUUUUGUAGUAACCGGUGCAAUGCCAUUUCGUGCAAACACGGUUGUCAAAUUAAAAGACUGUAUAUUAAAUGGUAAAUAUGAUAUCCCAUCAAAUGUGUCACCAUUAUGCGCUUACAUCAUUGAAAACACACUGAAACAAACACCUAGUUCGCGAAUGGCAUUAUCUGAUAUACUCAAAUCAGAUUGGUUAGCCAAUGUGGAUACAUCAUUAUACAUCGUACCUUUUCAAAAAUUUGUUAUUGAACCAACGGACACACAAGAUUUAACACAAUUAAAUCCAAUUGAAGCUAAAGCUCGAAAAAAAUUAGAAACUUAUGGUAUUACAACAAAAUUAUUAUGUGAUAACGUAGCAUUAAGUAGUAAAAGUUCUGUGAUUGGAGUGUAUCGUAUUAUUAUACAUCGUUUUCAACAAGCACUGUUUGAAGCGAGUCGUGAACGUAAAGAGAGUAUGGCGAAUAAAUGUGAUAAAAAACAUGGACGAAAAAAUUCUAAUGUUAAAAAUAAAAUGUCUAUGACAUGUAUAUUAUUGUAAAAAUAUUGGAUCAAUUAUUUAUGAAUUUUAACUGUACAGUGUUAAUAUUAUAUUGAAAGGUUUUAUUUGUGUUGGACUAAGCUGUGAUUUAACUGUGACGCAAAAACAACGAGAAAUGUUAUUUGUUAAUAUUGUUAUCGUUUUGGAAACUUGAUAAAUAUUUUUUUUAAAUAAUGAACUAUUUUCUUGUAAAAAAAAAACCAACAAUUAAUAGGUAGACGGCAGCUUCUUCACGAGAGGGGUGGUACAAAUAUUUAUACGAAUUCAUAAAUACCUAUUCAUUAAUAAAUUACAUUAACAAAGUGAUUACUUAAUACUCUAGGGUGCGGCAUAUUUUGAUUUUUUUUAACUAUCGAUUAUUUUGCCGCAGAGAGCUCUAAGUAUAAUUUCCGGUGAACGAAAUGAGUCAAUAUAAGCUCAAUUAAUGUUGGGAAAUAUUUACAACUUGUUAUUGAAAGUGUUGAAAAGUUCAAUAUUUACACCAACAAAACGUCAUUUAUCGAGACAUGAAAAGUAUAACUGAAAGUUACAGAAAAAGGUUUACUCUAAAAAAUAAAGUGGAAAUCAUUAGGAAAAAUAUGUUGCAUUUGUUUUUAAUAUACAUUUUAAAAAUGGGCCAAGUACAUUUAGUCCAAGCAUAAAAUGGUUCCGCCAUAUGGCCUAAGAGAAUUAGAUCAAAAAAGAAAAAUUUUAUCGGAUUUAUUAUAUAUCCUCAGAUGGGUCUAUAAAAAUAUAGAUAAAAAGUUUCAAAUAACUUUUCUUCUCAUUUGAAUAUUUCACAAAAUGUAAGUUCUCAAAAUAUUUAACUAUUUGUAGUUGUCCCCGCGUUGCCUCUAGUUAACAUAUCAUAUUCGAAAUAAUUUUCGUUUAAAAUGUUUCUCGAGUACUAUUAUCGACAUAUUUUUCAGAUUUUUAAAUCACAUGGAUUAAAACUAAGGGGGGCCACUCAAAUCUCAAUCGAUUCAAAAUAAACACCGCUGAAUGAAUAUUUUAUUUUCAAGAAUAAAUAAAACUUUGAUGGGGUCAAAUUUGGCGAAUGUAGGCGAAUGUAGUAUAUUGAUCUAUGAUAUUUGUGACGCUUUUGAUUUUAAAUUCGGUUACUACUGAAGUUCGUUUCUGGGAUGUGCCUUAUCAUUGUGUAAAUUUUAAAAAAUGUUAACGACCAUUAUUCAAAACGAAUUCUUGAUACGAUUAGAUCAAACCAGUAAUAUCGAAGGAAUUUAAUAAGCAUCAUUUGAUUUUUAAGCGACCUUGAAAUGGAAAUUUUCUGUAAUUGGGAUUUUAAAAGUAAUUCAUCAUAAACCUAUUCUAAUUUUUUUAAACAAAAUGGGCCAUAGAAUUUCGCCCUCAACACAUAAUUUUUUAUCCUAAUCUAAAGAGAAUUGUAAUAGCGACACAUCUGUGAGUGUACUGAGUCGCGUUGUCUCUUAUCUUCGUCUGAACAAUGUCAAACAAUGAUAGUUUUAAUGUCAUGUGUAUAUUAUAUUCAUAAAAAUAUAAUAUUGUCUUUAUUACGCUUGACGCUGGCUUUGAGUGUUCAAUUAGGGUUCCACUUAGCUGAAAAAGUUAUGUCAGGCGUAGAGUGUCAGCGUUAAAUUAUCAUUAAUAUCGAAAGUUGAUAUCUCAGGGUAUAAAUACUAAAAAACAACUUUGUGUCCACCUUUUGACAUAUACAAUCACAAUAUACAUAGGACGUUAAAGCUACCAUACCAAUGCCAAUUUCCAAAAACGCAAUAUUGUAUUGCGCAAUUGUAAUGUUUAAAAAUAAAUGAUUAAAAGAUCAUAGACGUUUUAAUGAGCCACUUUCGCUUGAUAUUUGAGCUGAACGUGUCUGCUUAAAGUUAACCUUAACCAUACAACAAGUAAAAGAGUAGAAACAUUCAGAAACGCCAAGCAAUCGUGGCUAUUAUACUUAAGAAAAGAGUUACCAAAUUACCCGGUAAUUUUUGCACGGAAUGUUAAAAAAUAACUUUAAAUCUUAAUUAAUACAUCAGAAAAAUAAAUAUUGAUGAUGAAUGUGAUAAAAUAUUUAUAUGUAAAUUUUUAUAUAUAAUAAACCACAAACCUACAUCUAAAGAAUUUUGUGAUUGCCUCAUCGACCAGACUUUCUCUCCUUUUCUAUCUAUUUUAUUAAGUAUUGUAUAUCCACUUUUUAGUUGUUCUUAGAGGAAGAACAUCGAAUAAUGAAUCGAAAAUCGUUUUAUCGGAAUUAUCAAGUUUUUGACCAAAGGAAUUCCGUUUUAUUAAAUGCCCUACUACAUUUUCCAUUUGUUAUUCGAUAACAUCUGGACCAAAUAAAAUAUAACGCCUACUACCGAAAAUUUUCUUUUGUACGUAGUUGUCCAACAAGACACAAAGAACAAAUUUACAAAGUCUCAACGGUGAGGUAAUUAUAAAAUUUGGUAAGCAUGAGCUUGUGAUCUUUAACAAGUGGUUUAAAUUUUACAUUAAAAUUUUGGAAGAAUUUAAAUUAGAAUACCACAUAUCAUAGAUUUACUAGAAUUUUGAAGAUUCGUAAUAACCAAAAAGGCAUAUCCUUUCAAAAUAUUCUUUUUUCUAAAUAAAGGAUACGAUGGCAAUCAGGUAAGCCAUAAUUAAUUUGUUUAAAGUUAAAUCCGGUACCUUUAUAAAUAGAAAAAUCCCGCCAAGGCUAAAAAUCAAAUAAAAAGAUUUGAAACUUACCGAUAAAUUUAAAUCUGAUGCAGUUUCGUUAGGUACAACAGGUACGUAUACCCUAACUUUGGACCAAAUGUUGACAGCGCAUAUUUUAUAGUUGGGGUACUUAAUAAUGGGAAAAUUUAUUAUCAUUCUUUCUAACACAGCUCCGGUACUACAUAGGCCGCCUAAUAAUCUGUAUACAAAUAUCAUCCGUUACCAAUGCUUUUAAUAUUUGCCAAAUGUUGUUUACAUUAAAAAAAAAAAUGGUUCAUUUAAAAAAAAAUUGGUUAAUUAUUUUCAAUUAAUCAAAAAUAAUAAUAAAAAAAAAUAUGGCAAAUGUUAGUGGAGAUUAUCAUAGGCCUAAAUCAGAUUAUACCCCUCGUCGUAUGCUAUUUAGUGAGAAAGAAAUUGAUCCUGAAGCAUUAUUUGAUGAUAGCAAAAUUGGAGAUGCAACAGUUUGUGAAGAAUGUAGAAGACCGCCAUUGGAUAAUUAUCGUGGUGCAUACUAUGAGAAUUUAACAGAAGAUCAAGUUUAUAUAAAAAAUUUUAUUAUUUUUUUCUUAUUCAUAUGUGUACUAAGUUUAAAGCUAUUUAUACUAUAUUUCAUUGUAACAGCUUUAAUUAGGUCAGAAUCAAUGUAUAAGUAAUGGACUAUAUUU